AUGUCAUGUGUUUUACAACCCACAAGUUAUAAAAAUACCUGGAAAUCCCUGACCCCCAUUUGCUACGCAAUUUUAACAAUCGUUCCAAUCGGUGGUAUCUGGAAUAUAGCAAUAUCCAAAGUGUACGCCGAUCCAACUCGAGGUGGAUUCACAAUCAAUUAUAUCAAAGCUGUGAAAUGGGCUGCCCUAUCAAUGUUUCAAUCAAUCUACAUCUUGACUGCUCUUGUAAUUACCAUCAUCUGCACUUCCGUCACUCUUUACAAACUAAUUGUUCUCCCAAAUCGUAUAAAAGCGGCGGAAAAAUCACUUUGCUUCACAAUGCCGACUAAAAUGAGCCAAGCCCUCGCUUACUUGAACUUGUCGGAUGGAAUUCCAGAAGUUUACCCGAUUGAAUGCGACAAAAGUUGGGAUUCCUACUCGGAAAUGUUGAUCUACUUUGGAUUUUUUGUAUUUCUGGGAAUCGGGUUGGCAGCUCAUUUGUAUAUUCUCAUAAGUAUUCUAUUCACAAAACGAAAAAUAUUCAAGGAUUCUUCCUUUUUCCAAAUAUUUGCGAUGGAUUCUAUUGCGAGCGUCGUUAUCAUUUUGGAUGAACUUUUCUUCAUUCAUCUCUUUUUAUUCGUUCCACCACUUUGUCGAACCAUCUCUCCUUGGUUUUUCCGACCAACUUUCAUCCCGAAAUACGUAUAUAUUUCCAUAAAUCAUGGAAGAUUCAUGAAGUCAUUGGCUCAAAUAUUCAUGGUUCUCAACAGAUUGUCAUGUGUUAUUCUGACUGCUCCAGGGAAAUAUGAGAUGCUAUGGAAAAAAUACGUCUUACCAUCUUGUAUAGUGAUGGCUGUUCUGCCAUUCGCGGGGACAUUCAAUAUCUUUAUUUCAAGAGUCUUGAUAGUUUCAAUGCGUGGAGGAUUUGCACUUGGUUAUGGGAAAACAAUCAAAUGGGCCUCGAUAUCUCUGUUCCAAUCCAGCGUGCUUAUCAUUGCCUUAUCCGUCACAAUCAUCUGCACCUCCAUCACCCUCUACAAGCUGAUUCUCCUACCAGGACGUAUAAAAUCUGCCGAAAAAUCGCUCUGUUUCACGAGCAUCUCUAUCUCAAUAACUUUCGUGAUUGCAUCAUCUACACAGUCCCUAAUAGCUUACUGCUCAACUUGUAACCUAGAUACACUCUACAUUUUCCAAUCCAUUGCCUUUGAUACGUUCACAGUUGGAACUGCUGUGAUUAUGCUGAUGUCGAAUAAGAAACUACGUGGAUCAAUGUUCCAAGCGGUCAAGAGGGUUUCGAUUGUUUCAGUGACAGGGAAGAUGAACUCGAUUUGA